CUAGAAUCGGUCCCACGCUUGACGCCUGCCAUGCUGGAAGAGAAGCUAAAAUCUGCAGAGGAGAGGAAAGAGAUGGAGCUGCAGAAGAAAACCAAGUCCGCGGCCAGAACGUCACGCAGACAUCGGCAGAUCAAAGAAGCUAUGGAGUUCGAGAAGAGUCUGAAGGAAGAAGAGAUCGACAGGACCCUGUCGUCCGCGGAGCGGAAAAGAUGUCAGAAGCAGGCGGAAAUAGUUGCCAAGCAACGCUUAAGAGAGGAACGUGCAAAAAGGGCAAGGGAGAAGGCGCAGCGGCUGUCCAGUAUGGAUGACGUGGAUGUUUCUUAUGAGAUGGAGAACGACGAAAACUUCAACGCUGAUGACGAGGACUCCUGGGGAGACCCUGUGGACCCCGAGCUUCUGCAGCCCCCACCCACGGGGACCACCACCAGGACGUCCGGGUCAGCCGUGUCCUCCGAGUCGGAGAGAAUCUACGAUGGCCGGUCCAGCCCGGUGAAGCGGGUUCAUCCACGGCCGGGAGCUGCCCUUAGGAGAGGUAGCAGUGGAACUGGCAGUAUCGCCCUUGGGCUGGAUGCGCCCUUCUCGGGCCGGGUGACCAGCGCACGUACUCAGCACCAGUUAGACGAGCUGUUCGAGAGGAAGAAUAACAUCCCCGCCACCGAUCAGAUCACGGUGGAGGACGAAGAUGAUCAUCACGACUUCUUCUCAUGACCAAAACUCUGAAAUACUGCUUUGUAUGAUAACAUUAAGCUGGCUAGUACCUGUAAUAUCACGAGGAAAAUGCCAUUAAGACUUACAGUGAAACCAAAGACUUGCACAUUAAGCUGAUCUACUCAAGCUGAUCAUAGAGUCUAGCCUGGUAUCCAACCGUAUUAUAGCCGUAUUAUAGUCUCCGUA